CCCCUCCCGCUCUCCUCCCUCUUCCCGGCUCCAGCUCCGCCGCCAGCUCCGGCCUUUGCUCCCCCUCCCAGAGUCCCCUCCCCGGAGCGGAGCGCACCUAGGGUCCCUCUCCCUUCCCCCCAGCCCAGCCUCCCGUUCAGACCAGCAGCCUCGGGGGGCAGCCCCCCGCCAGCCUGCCUCCCUCCCACUCAGCCCUGCCAGGGCCCCCCAGCCAUGAAUCUCUUCCGAUUCCUGGGAGACCUCUCCCACCUCCUCGCCAUCAUCUUGCUACUGCUCAAAAUCUGGAAGUCCCGCUCGUGUGCCGGAAUUUCAGGGAAGAGCCAGGUCCUGUUUGCUGUGGUGUUCACUGCCCGAUAUCUGGACCUCUUCACCAACUACAUCUCACUCUACAACACGUGUAUGAAGGUGGUCUACAUAGCCUGCUCCUUCACCACGGUCUGGUUGAUUUAUAGCAAGUUCAAAGCCACUUACGAUGGGAACCAUGACACAUUCAGAGUGGAGUUCCUGGUCGUUCCCACAGCCAUUCUGGCAUUCCUGGUCAAUCAUGACUUCACCCCUCUGGAGAUCCUCUGGACCUUCUCCAUCUACCUGGAGUCGGUGGCCAUCUUGCCACAGCUGUUCAUGGUGAGCAAGACUGGCGAGGCGGAGACCAUCACCAGCCACUACUUGUUUGCGCUGGGCGUUUACCGCACGCUCUAUCUCUUCAACUGGAUCUGGCGCUACCAUUUCGAGGGCUUCUUCGACCUCAUCGCCAUCGUGGCAGGCCUGGUCCAGACAGUCCUCUACUGCGAUUUCUUCUACCUCUAUAUCACCAAAGUCCUAAAGGGGAAGAAGUUGAGUUUGCCGGCAUAGCCCCGGUCCUCUCCAUCUCUCUCCUCGGCAGCGGCGGGAGGCAGAGGAAGGCGGCAGAAGAUGAAGAACUUUCCCAUCCAGGGGUGACUUUUUUAAGAACCCACCUCUCGCGCUCCCCAUCCCGCCUCCUGCCGGGUUUCAGGGGGACAGUGGAGGAUCCAGGUCUUGGGGAGCUCAGGACUUGGGCUGUUUGUAGUUUUUUGCCUUUUAGAGAAGAAAAAAAAAAUCUUUCCACUCUUUAGUUUUUGAUUCUGAUGACUCGUUUUUCUUCUACUCUGUGGCCCCAAUUUUUAUAAAGUGUUUUUGAGUGUCCUGUGGGCCAGGGCAGGGUCCAAGAUCUUUUCCCUUCCCCAGGCCCCUCGGCUCCCUCCCAGAUCCCACCCCCAGCCCCACUGGUUGCCAAACACUAAAUCUACCGACACCCAUCUGCCCCAACCUCUGCUAUGGCCAUGAACCGCAACCCCCCCCUAAAUUUCUAGGUUGGGGAUAGGGAGAAAGGGAGGCCCAGGAAGGUCUCCCCUGAUUUUUUUUCAUAGUAAUUUUUUCCCCCAGAGUUUGAGUUUUUUGGUCUUCUCAUGGUUUUUUGGCAAAUUAGGGGGGCCCGGGGCUCAAGUGCAGGAAGGGGGCUGGGCCGAGGGUCCCAUGGCUCUCACACCAUGUUUUUGUACAGAACUGAUGGUUGAUUCUUUGUUCUCUUGAAAUAAACAGAAGAAAAUGAAACCUUU